AUGGCGCGCGCGGCCGUUCUACCACCGUCUCCUGUCAAACGGGGAGCUCGAACGGCUCCUCGGACGACUUUGACAAAGACCACCGCUUCUUCCAACGCGAAGAAGAAGGCGCCGGCCAGAGCACCCGCGAAAAGCGCUCCCUUGUCAGAUUCAGACGAUACCGAGGAUGAGCUCGGUAUGAUGAUGAAGGAACAACAGCCGCCUGCUCGACCCCGUGGAAGACCUGCUGCACGACCUGCUGGCCGACCUGCCGCAAAACCUACGGCCCGUGGCAAGAAAGCAACGCCACCCCCGGCUGCUGAAGAGUCACACGCUGAAAGUGACGACGACGAAGCUGCGAAACCAGAACCCCCGAAGAAGCGUGUUGGAAGACCUAGAAAGAAUCCAUUGCCAGAGGAGCCUGCUGUCGGCAAAACCGAGACAGCACCGAAGCCCAGAGGACGACCGAAGGGUUCUCAGAAUGCUCCAAAAACGGCUGCCACGCGCAAGAAUAUCCGGAAGGCUGCUGAAGUAGAGACCACCCAGGAUGACUCAGAGCCCAAGAAGAUUAUCGUAAACCCGAACGUCAUACGGUCCAAUAUCCUCCGCGGCCCUGCAAAGAAGAAGACCGUGACGUUCCAAGAUGUGUCUGGCCAGGGAUCAGAGGACGAGCAGCCGGCUGUUCCAGCCGAUGGACGGAAAAAGACUGCCACAAAGGGUGCUGACAAGGCUGGACUCGGGGCAACUCCUGUUCGCAAGAAUGCGACCACAGUUGGCCGGGGACGCAAGCCCGCUACAGCGAAGAAGGGUGCAUCUCAACCUCUGUCCCCCAAGAAGGCGAAGCAAAUGGCCAAGUCUCUCUCCGCGUAUGCCAGCUCUGACGGUGAAGAGGAUGAGCUGAGCGCCGCGAAGGAUGAUAUCAAGAGCCCACUCAAGCUUGUCGUCCACUCACCCACCAAAGAUACUCCUGAGAACAUGGGGUUGGCAUCUCCUGUACGCAAGAUAAACUUCACACCAAAGAAAGUCUUCAGCAUUGUCGACGAAAAUGGCGAACCAAAACUCCCAACGCCUAAACACGGAUCAGCGGCUACAGGCCUUAGCUCCCCAGUGAGGAGAAUUAACUUCACUCCCAAUCACAGCCGGAACGCCACCGCUGACAAUGGCCAUCUUGCUCUUCCUGUCGGAAAAUCGAUUAAUUUCAGUGACUCAGUCUUCAUGUCCAGCCCAGCGAGGCGGCCGGAGGCAUCUCCCUUCCAAUUCAACCUCAGGGAUACCCCCCAACGGUGGCCUUUCAAAGUCUGUCCCGGCGCCUAA